AUGUCUCUGCCCACUCAGACUCGCCAAUGGGUGCUCAACCGCACCAUCGUCGGCGAGCCUGUCCUCGACGGCCCCAAUGCCACCUUUUCUAUCAAGACGGUCGACCUGCCACCCGUUAAGGAUGGACAAGUCCUCCUCCGCACCAAGUUCCUCUCCAACGACCCCGCCCAGCGCGGCUGGAUUUCGCCCCACAAGUCUCCCGACCGCCUCUAUGUGCCUCCCGUCCAGGCUGGCGACACCAUGCGCGCCGGCGCCAUCGCCGAGGUCGUCGAUUCCAAGUCCUCGUCGUUGGCCAAGGGUGCACUUGUGCAAACAUAUGCGGCGGGUUGGUCCGAGUACGUCGUCCAGGAUGCUGCCGGCCUCCAGCCUCUUCAAGACAUCCCUGGCGUCUCGCCGACCCACUACCUUGGCGCGCUUGGCUUGACUGGCCUGACGGCAUACUACGGAACGAAGAUCAUUGCGGAGGCAAAACCGGACGACGUUCUUGUCGUCAGCGGUGCGGCUGGUGCUACGGGAAGCAUGGUUGUACAGAUUGCGAAAAAGCUCAUUGGCUGCAAGACCGUCAUUGGCAUCGCGGGCAGCGAAUCCAAAUGCGAGUGGGUAAAGAGCCUUGGUGCCGACCUCUGUCUCAACUACAAGGCUCCUACGUUCAAGCAGGACCUCAUUGACGCGACGCCCAAUUACGCGAACGUGUACUUCGACAACGUCGGUGGUAAGAUUCUCGACCUUGUGCUGUCCCGCAUGGCGCGGGAAGGCCGUGUUGCCCUAUGCGGAGCCAUCUCCGGCUACAACAGCACCUCGGGUCCCCAGCUGAACAACUGGUUCGAAGUCAUCUCCAUGAGGCUCCAACUGAGGGGCUUCAUCGUGUUUGAUUGGGUCCAGCAGGGAAAGGCAAAGGGCACCAUCACCGAGAUCGCAAACGCGGCCAAAGAGGGCCGGAUCAAGAUCAGCGACGAGGGCGAGACGGUGGUCGCCACUCGGUUCGAUGAGAUCCCGAAGACGUGGAUGAAGCUGUUCGACGGGUCGAACACGGGGAAGCUGGUGUCCAAGCUGUGA